GAAGUAGCGCCGGUAUGCAACUUGCACCUUAACGUUAACCUCUGCAUCAUUUCCAGCAAAGUUGAACGUUGUCUGCCAUACGUCCUUUUCAAAAAAAUUGGGAUAUCUAUGUCUCCAAGCAAACCAAUCCGUAAUAUCAAGGUACACGUCCCGAGGCAUAAUUCUCAGAGGCUAGGACCCGCAGGCACCGCUCGAGUGCAAGCCCUGGCGAAGCGGAAGCGUAUUCGGGUGGACGUCCGACAGACGGCCUAUGAGCCAUCAAAUAUCCUUGCACAAGCCAUUGAAAGCGCGUCGCAGUGGAACUCACUACUUAUGACCGCUCGAGCAGAGCGAGGGCCACAAUGGGAUGUGGGAACACAACAGUUCCUCGUCGACGAGAAUUCCGACCUGUUCUACGACCCUACACCUCUCCGUGAAUACCUGACUGAAGGCCGCGAUGAGUCCGAAGACAAUGAGCCCUCGAGCAGUACCAAACCACCCGUUCCUAGACCCGAUUUCUCCGCCCAUAGCAUUCCGGGGACUCCCCAAUUAAACCGACGCAAUCCAUCCAUGCCACCACCUGCACAACCUCAUAUGUCAUUCUCACCUCGACACACUGGCUUUCCGCCACAGAGUAUGCCCUUCCCGAAUAUGGGCGGACCGAUAUCACCGGGGCAGUUCUAUGGUAACCCUGGUGGUGAUCAUAGUAUGUCUUCACCUAUGCGAAUGGGUGGUAUGGGCAUGGCAAUGGACGGAAUGGGCGGAAUGGGUGGAAUGAGUAUGGGCUCUCCUAACGUUGGAAGACGGAUGUCGACUCGGGGAAUGAGUAUGGACGAUGGGUACGGCGGUAUGCAUUGAGUGGAAGUGAUGCAAGCUGCAAAGCGUCAGGUUAUUCUUUGUACCGCCACCGCCGAUGCAGAUGCAGUCAUGUUGUGAAAGAAUUAGGGUGCUAUAGAAGCUCUUUUUGCAUGCAGGGCAAUGGUCGCUUCCAUCCAACUAACUUAUUGGACUUCAUUCUUUUUUCGGAAUCAGGAUCUAUGUAUAACAUGUAUUCAAUAUGAUACACCGUAAAUCUAC